AUGCCGUCAAUGUAUGCCGGCUCAACGCGGAGCUCUUCGUCUACUUCGACGUCUAGCUCCGACCAGACAUAUGCUACCAACAUUACUUCCUACUCUGACAUGCGGCCUAUCGCGCGCCGUUUCGAAUCCGCCCCCAGCAAGUACGGCCAACAUGUCGAGGACCCCGAAGACUUGCAUGAAGGCAACGGCGACCCUCGAUCGUCUGUCGAGACAUAUACUUCAUCCAUUUCUUCUAAUGAGGACCUGGCUGAUCAACCCGAGUAUGAGCUUCCCAAUGAACGCCACCGAACAUACGAGACCGACGCUAUGCCGAGCACGCCACCCGACUUUGCCAAGCUGUUUCCAACUACUCGAAGGCUGCUCAUUCAGCAUGAUGAUUCAACCUCGGAUGGCAACAUGAAUCUUCGUUGUGAUACCGAGGCAGUCUCUCAGUACGGCGAGCGUUUGAAGAUGACACUUUUCCACCUCCGAAUGAAGAACCUGUAUGAGCGACAGUUUUCUCUUCGCCGGUACUGCCGGGAUUCUGGACGUGAAGUGUGUAGCUCAAAGAAGAAGUACGCCAAGCCAAUCCCAAGAACGCAUUCCCGAAAGCGUCCCUCCAUUUCGAAAUCGUUGUCAACCGCUCUCCACAAUCUCGGAGUAAAGACUCCCAAUCGGCAGGAGUCUGGCUACGAGUCCGAGGAUGGUCAAUUAGAACAAGACCUCAGAAACUUCACACUGUCUUCAGAAGUCAAAGCAACCAUCCCGACCAACAUUAUUCGACUGGAAUAUUCCAAUUAUGCCCAAGUCGAACUGCAUCGUCGCCGCCAGGAUGGCGCCAAGCGGUGGGAUUUCGAGUAUUGGGGGGAGCCAUAUAGCUGGAAACGCGAACUCAGCUACGACGAUGGCGAGCCGAUCUACUCGUAUGAACUCAUUAACCUACGUUUGGGCACCUGUGUCGCUUAUAUCAUGCCUGACAAGCUCGAUCAGCGGCAGGAGUCUAUCGAGAACGAGCAAGGCGGCUGGAUCCCUCCUUCAAGCCUGCGUCUCACGGAGAAGUCCAUUUCGGAGGAUCUUGGAGACGUCAUCGUGUCCACUGGGCUUGUGGUCCUCACCGACGAUUACAUCAAGCGCCGGUGGCACAAUGCAAAAUCGGCGCGUGUAUACGUUCCACACGACAUCGACCCUACCCAGGCUGUCGAUCAAGUGUUUUCACGUCCCAGCCCCAAGAUUCAUCAACGAGGCCACUGA